UCACAGAUGUGUGGGGUCCUUUGCUUCCCCCUGCUGACACCCUGAAACGGCGCAGGGCGGGCUGUGGCUCCAGCCAGCCGUGGGAGUGGGGAACUACUGAGGAUGGGCUCUGCCUGCCAUCUCUCCCGCAUCCUGCAGCUCCCCCCAUCCUGCUGCCAAGAGGGGUGCGAGCGGGCGGCCAAAAGGAAUAAAAGCAGCUGAGGCCCCCCUGCAGCUCACCAGGCAGGGUCCUGGGGAGCUGUGUGUGGCUCUGGAGUCCCACCAGCGAGGAGUCUCCCAGACGGAUUUCACUGAAGGCUGGGUUCAGCGGUUUCUCAGCCUGGUCUCCCACGCGCACAAGUGAGGGGAUUCGGCACCCACAGCUCUCUCAGAGACCUCAAAAGGUGCUUCACAAUGACAGCCGGCCUGGAGAAAGCCUGCCACCGGUGCAUAUCUAAAAUUGCCAGCAAUGCAUGCUUUAUAUUUGGGCUCCUCACUUUCCUUGCCUUACCACUGUCCAUGACUUUUACAGGAAUGAAGUUUUUGGAAGAUUGCCCAGUUCAGCCACUAAUUCCAUUAUAUCUGUUGGUGGGUGGCGUGAUUGGCAGCUUAAAGGUGACUCUCCUUCUGUACGACUCAACCAGGAUGCGGCAGCUGCUUUCCAAGUCUGUCGUGAUUGAUGAUGAUGAUGACGACGAAUAUCCCUGGAGGCAGAAUGCUCACAAGUACUACAUCCAUCUAACCCUCAGCCUUUUCCUCUUUCUCUGGUUCAUUCUUGGGAACUACUGGGUUUUUUCUGUAUACCUGCCAAAUUUCAUCCCACCUUUCCAUCAGCCGCAGGAUUACUGUGACAAAACCCUGUACAUUUUUGCUGUUGGUGUUCUCAUUAUCAGCCAUACUGUUCUCUUUCUUCUUAUCUUUUGUAGCUGCUGCAUAUAUUGUUUUUCCAGGCAAAGAUACUCUUCGGAGGAAGACUAAUUGCCACAUAAAUAAAGCCCCAGAUGCAUGGGAAAGAGUGUACAACAAAGAAGAGGCAAUAAUUCACCCUUGUAUACAGCUUUGUUGUACUAUAUGUAUGUAUGAUAGCAGUCAACUGCAAGAGGAAAUUGUAAAAUACAGUGCCAUCUGGAAAUAGCUAAGCUGGAAUACAGCAUAGGCAAUGUAAAAUUCCUGCUACAGAUGCCAGGGUGCACUCUUGCUAAUUCCUACAUCCCUGUUUUAACUCUUGGAUAUUCUAUUUGGAGAAAGCUCUUGCAGAUGGCAACCUCCUCUAAAACUGGGUCCCCUUAUGUCAUUUCAGAAUAGUACAUCUUUGCCUAUAAAAGCAGCCAUGUUGUCCUCUUCCCCGGAAUCUGAACAUCUCCGUAGCCUUGCUGAGGUAUGUCCCUGUCCCUGCAUUACAGAUGGGGAAUCUGAGAAAAAGGGCUCUAUUCAGACCACCCUGCAUGGCGCAUGGACUUUGACAGUAACAUAGAUGCGCACUAGAGAGCUAUCCAGGCCACUGUUGGACCAGUCAGUAAAGGAGCCAUGAUAGCAAUAUCAGCAUGUACAAAAGGCAGUCUGAAUAUGGCCCCCAGGUCUCUUCUCAACUUGGAUUAGAAAGCAUAUAUCUCCAACUUUGGUGUUAAAACAGAUAGUCUGCAUAUAUCCAUAUAUACCAAAUACAUCCCAAAUCAGCAAAGGCAGCUUUGCAAGUCUUUGGCAGAACAAGGAAUUGAGCUGCUUGAGUAUCAGACCAGUGCUUUAACCAGGGCUUGGCAUUCCCCAGCCUCCCCCUCUCCCCUUUUUGCAUAGCAGUAAUUAGUCACUACCACACCAACACAAAGAUGGUUGUCAAACCAUUGUGACCAAGUUCACAGAAAAAUUGAUAAUGUUAUGUUGGUAUUUUAAACAUAAAACAUGAUAAGAAGACACAGGCAGGGAUGCAAGAACUUCAUGCAGAUGUGUUCAGUACAGCGGUUCUCGGGCUGUGGUGUGAGUGUACCUUUGAUUUGUUCACCUUGGUGCUGUACAUAUGAAAAUCUAUACUUAAUGGACAGAUGUAAAGAAAACAGCUUUUAAGUCAACAGCAGUGUCAGCUUUAAAAGCAACAGCAUGCACAGAGACAAUUGUAUUGUGACAUGUACUGGAACAAGCCCACGACUAGUUCUGGCAGAUUGUUAUUUUAUGUGUUGAUGAAUGCAGUGUAAAAGUGCUCUUUCUGCUUUUGCUUUUAUGCACUUCUGUUAAUAUGUUCAAAAUGGAGGGGUCCUCUCUAUACAAGCAUGAGGGUGGCCUCGUGCACAGGAAGAGGAUGUGUGUUUUGGGUAUUUUUUCUGUUAAAACCCACACAGCUGCAACCUACGUUUUAGAGAAAUCUAAAAUAAUUAUGUGAUGCCUCUGGAAGGGUGAGAUCUGCAAAAUAACCUCCACAAUAUGCCACAUCUGAACAAGCUUUGUUCAACCAUCCUUUCUUUAGUUCAAGAAGGACAGGGAACUGCUGGAGAGAGUCCAGCACAGGGCAACAAAGAUGAUGAAGGGAGUGGAGCAUCUCCCUUAUGAGGAAAGGCUGAGGGAGCUGGGGCUCUUUAGUUUGGAGGAGACUGAGCGGUGACCUCAUUAAUGCUUAUAAAUAUAUAAAGGGUGAGUGUCACAAGGAUGGAGCCAGGCUCCUCUUGGUGACAACCAAUGGUAAGACAAGGGGUAAUGUGUUCAAACUGGAACACAAGAGAUUCCACUUAAAUAUGAGAAGAAACUUCUUCAUGGUGAGGGUGCCAGAUCACUGGAACAGGCUGCCCAGGGAGGUUGUGGAGUCUCCUUCUCUGGAGACAUUCAAAACCCGCCUGGACACAUUCCUGUGUAGCCUCAUCUGGGUGUUCCUGCUCCAGCAGGGGGAUUGAACUGGAUGAUCUUUUGAGGUCCAUUCCAAUCCCUGACAUUCUGUGAUUCUGUGAUUCCUGGGACUCAGGCUGAUCAUGGUGUAACAUCUGUGGGAGCCACCUGUUUUCAGCCAUGAACAUUUAUCUCAGGGGCUGUUCUAUAGAUAAUUCAGGGUGCGUUUGGUUCAUAAGGGUUUUAAUUCAGGCCCUGGCUUUAAUUGUUUAUUUUCAGAAAACUAGUCCUUGAAAGAAGUUGGGAUAAAGGGUGAAAUAAUCAGACGAGGGCAGCAUCAGUGUCGCACUAUCCUGCUCUGCAGUGGCCACUCAGAGGUCACAGUCAGGCUGUCCCUGCUCAGAAAUCCACGGAAUGGGAAUUAUUAUACUAACACUGCCAGCUGAUUUAGGCCAUGCAUGGUGGUAUGUAGGGAGAUAUGAUAUGAGAUAUUCAUGGGGCUCAGACUGCGUCUGGGAGAAAUCACAGGCUGCGCUUUCCCAAGAGCUGCUCCACCCCACACUCUCCGCUGCCUCUCUAAAGGUACUGCACAUUUCUGAAACAUAACUGCUGCCAAUGGUGGAAUGCUAGAAUUCCUUCUUUCCAUCCCAAAUACUUUAUUGGCUCAGCACUUCGGCUCCUGGAUUUCAGUGCUCAGUUCUGAACUCAUCUAAGUGAUUGUACCUUCAGCAGAGAGCAUCUUUAAUUCAUUAAGAUGCCAAAGUGUUUAAGAAAUUGCCUAUCAGCAGGCAUAACUCCAUCCAUCACUCAAAUGCAACAAAGCAGCUGUUUAUCAUUACACAGAAACUCUACCUAAAAGCAUGAAACAGGCAUAAAAAGAGAAAAUUAUACUCAGUUGAUAAUGCAAAAGAAAUCUAACAAGAAAGUAGCUACACACUCUCCACCCAUAGGACUAAAGUACCAACUUCCCUGUUCUUGCAAAAUGCUGCUAGAAACAUUCUUGUUCACAAACAAUUAAGGGCUCAUACUCCUGAUUAAGUCUCAAUUGAUUCCCACGUCACUGCACAUCCAGUGACCUUGAAGCAAGUGAUGAUGUGUGCUCUGCUAUCUGAGCAAAUUUGAGGUGAUUUUAGUUCAGCCCAGAGGAGAUGGAAGACCAGUCACAUUGCCUUCUGUUUUCUGCGUGCCUGUGUGAGCACAGUUACAGCAGCUGAGCAGAUGUGCAACGAUUUAUCAAACUUCAGCCACACAACGGUAAGCCCGAGGCCUAUGCCUCAUUCACAGGAGGCUAAGACUGACUGUUUCUCUAUGGUCUACCACGAAAGCUUAAUUCUUUAGGUAUGAGAACCAUUAACAUCUUGGGAAAGUGCCGCUAGAUCACAGUGCUAGUGUUCAGUACCUGGCCGGCACAAACACAAAAGGAGAGAGGAGGUUUUAAUGAAGCUAAAGGCAUUUGUGAAAUACUUUGAAGUUAAACGGAGUAAACAAAAAGCUUUGUUAGCACUGGGAGAGGAAAAUUCUGAAUUGAUAGUAUCUCCCUUUACUUGUGUACAUCAGUAAGUUAUGGCACAUGCAAGUGUGAACAUCAGCACCUCCACAAUAGCUGGAGCCAUCAAUUCCGUAUCCAGAAAGGUGUGCAUGUGCCUUCUGCACAUUCACUGCCACCACCUUCUUCAGCAGGCUGAAGUCACGCAGGUGUGGAGCAGGGACACCUGGUGUUGGACAUAGAGUUAAAUACAACUGAGUUACAAGCAAUUUAAGAAGUUAAUGCUUUUCUCCUGAACCACCUGCAGCAGCAUAGUUUCUCUUGGGUUGCUCCAAUGGCUAAAUAAAGCACUCUGCUUAAACCCAAAUGGAAAUAGUUUAAUUGAAGGCACUUUAUCUCACUUUGGGGUAAGCUUGGGACACGUGCAUUGUCCACAACACCUUAACUUACAAGCAGCAACGUUUUAAAUGGUGACAAAUGGAUAGUGUCGCAGACAUAUGCUCAGUCCCUGGAGGAGUAGGCACAUUUCUUCAGCAAACAGCUGUGGGGGAAUUAAGUCAUUACACAGCCCAAAGGUCAAAUGGCUGACAAUACUAUCUACACCUUGGUAUGAAAUGUCUAAUAUUUUGCCACUGGACUAAAAUUACGAACAGGACUAAAAUUACGAAUAGAAAAUGAAUGUCUUCUGGAAACUGAACAAAACACAGCCUUAACCUAAUUAUUAUAAACUCAGAAAUGUGUUGACUACAAUGCAGGAAAACAGCUUUAACUGUUCUAGUUAAAUCAUGUCCCCUUCUUGAGAAAAAAAAGGUCAAUUUCUAGCUUUUAAAAGAAAAAAUAUACAUGGUUUCAAUGGAUUAGAUAGUUUGUUCACUGCUAUUAUAGUUGUGGGUACUACAGAAAUCUAAUAAUAUAAAGACACAAAGACAUUUCUGCAUGCACACACGAACUCUAGACAUACACAUAUCAUAAAUUCAAUGGCAGCAGCCAUGAAAUAAAUCACACUUAUUACAGUUUAUUGCCCAUAGUACAUUUCUCUUCCCACUACUCCGCCUUCCUGAAUAAUGGGCAUAAUAUUCCAAACCUCUAGGGAGCAGCUUCCCACAGCUAUUUUAAAAGCUGCGGCAAGACAGGCAAAUGUUUUGUUCCGUCAUCCCAACUGUUGAACACAGACAGCUCCUACCUGCUGACCCAAAGAAGAGAGAAAAGAUGUGCAUCAGACCUAUCAUAGACCUCAUCUCUGCAGGAAUAGAAACAGGAACCUUGUGCUGUUGAAGUAGAUCUCUCUCACACAGCACUCACUUUGAGCUUUAUGAGAUACCAAGACAUCAGACUUUAGAACUACAAGGUGACUGUACAUUAAACAAACAAACAAACAAACAAACAAAACCCCCAAAACAAAACAGAACAAACCAACAAAAACAAACAAAAAAACUCCACCAAAACAAGCAGAAUUUAUUCUAGCUUUUGUCAAAAGCUGUCUUGAAUGUCUCUUGAAAAAGCUCUCUUGAAUGUCUUGAAUGAUCCUGAAACGUGAACAGUUGGUGUAAAUGAGCCUAAAUGCUUUGACUUUACAGGCAAAGCGCUACAAAGAUUAAAUCAGUGAAUUUUCUAUACAUUGUACCACAUUUAAAACCAGAACAGUUUCUGCAAGUUAUCUUGAAUCUUAUCUCUGAUUAUUCAUCUUCUCCAAUUCUAGCCAAUAAGAACUUUGCAUCAUGAUGAAGAGAUAUGUAUGUUCUACAUAUUACAUAGAAAGGAUUGCUACAUCAGGAUUGCAGUUUGAAACUGUUGCUUCUUGGCUUACAUUUCUUGAGGUUCCUGUUCACUAGUGGAGUCCAUGAAAGUCACACAGUUGCUAGUCACAAGAGGAAAAAGAAAUCUUUUUUACAAAGUAUAAUAUUUGAGGGAAAACAAAAAAGGCUGUCAAGUGCAAUUUGAUACUGCAUAGUACAAGAAAACAAGAUACAAGGAAGUUGCUAAAAGAACAAUGGUGUAUUACAAGAACAGGUUUCUGAGAAAAUUGUGUGAAGUUCUGAGAAAACACAUAUACAUGUUUGUUAAAAGUGAAUUUCUAUUAAACACUUUAUUUGAAUAAAAGUGCAGGGAGAAGAUAUUGAUCAGUGUAAGUGCAUGUGCCUCUGUGAUCUGAGUUUAAAAAUUCAGGUACUUUACAUUUACCAGUCAUGCUAAUUAUAAUCAACUCUGCUGCAAUUUCAGUGAGAUUAAUAGUUAGACGAGAGACUGAUUUCACCCACAGAUUUGAAUCUAAGCCAUAUUGACUCUUCUGUAUGAUCAUUAAUACUCAAGCAAAGAGGGAAUCUGUGAUACCUUUCCCUGUGCUUCAGUAUAACAGUUCAAAAGUUAAAGGUGCCCUGAGAUGCCAACUCUGGGCCUGUGGGCCAAUGUGCAUAAAAGCUUUUUUUAACAAGAUCCUCAAUUUCCAUGUGAGUUUGGUACCUGCAUAUCUUAUGCAUUUGAAUUUCAGUCCUUUAGGAAAAAAACAAUCUUUAGCCUUUCAAUAUCAAGAUGAAAUGACUACGCAGGGUGCAAACAGUGGAGAAAAAAAUCCGCGGGGCACACUAAUUCACAAGUUUCUAUAGACAACACCUUUUUAUUAUCAUUGCUUAUUUUUGCUCUUUGUAUUACUAUUCUGCAUGGAUUUCAUGUUACUGUAUGUAUCAGAAUAUACCAGAAAAGCAGUUGCUUCACUAUUUUUAAUGGAGUUAAAAAAAUUUGUCCAGCAACAGGUGAAAUAAGACUUUUAAUAAAUGGCUCUGAUGGGUAUUUGCA